GCGGUCGAUGUAUAGAGUCCUGCCAAUACGACGAUAUGCUCUCUUACGUCCGGUAGUUACCAAAGUAAAUAACCACGUAUAAUUAUAAAACUUUAUUUUAUUAGUGCCGCGUGCCGCGACAAUGAUGCCCGUUGUGUUAUGAGUGUUUAAAACCAUACAAGUACAUUACAUUAACACCAAAAUGUCAGUAUACUUUGGAAAAUGCAGGAAGAAAGAAAACUAGAUGGAAAUUGAAAGAUCGCAGGGGACGUCGUGGCGUUGGCCUCUAUUGGUCUCCGUCGUGUUCUUGAACAUCUGUCUACCAAGUUUGGUGUUUACUUAUGGAGUAUAUCUGCUCCAUUUAGAGCAUCAAGGAUAUCCGAUAUGGCUUGGACUUUCUGCACCCACCAUCUACAUACUGACAUACGGCCUUUCACAAUGUUGGUGCAGAGAAGCAGCAGAUUCUUGGGGUGGAGUGAUUGGUUACCGCUUGAUGGCAUCUAUAGGGCUGGCGAUCGUAGUGAUCAGUUUAUUAAUUUGUGCUCUGAUACCUUACUAUCUCCAGCCUUAUGUUUAUGGCAUUUUUGGAGGUUUAGGGUCAUCUCUCAUAUCGGCCCAAGUGGAUGCAGUAGUAUUUGAUACAUACGAUUCACGACUAGGAUUCAUUCGAGGAUUAUGUUUUGCUGGACAAGCUGUAGGACAGUCACUCUUUCCGCAUUUAAUGUCUGCACUAAUAGAUUAUUAUGGAUAUCCAUAUUCGUUUAUUGUAUAUGCUGGAAUACUCUUACAAAGUUUGCCGGCAAUUAUGCUUCUCAGAGUUGAUAACAACAUAAGCAGACCUGUCUCAUUUUCUAGAUAUUCAGAUUUAGCUAAAACAUAUGCAAUAUUUAGCAAUGAAGGUGUGGAUAACUACACAGCCGAAUUGCAAUUACACGAUUUAAGUAAAAAGUGCUGGAAAAGUCCGUCAGACGAUAAUCUAUAUAGAGAAGUAGAAACUAUGGACGAUGAUGUUGUUUAUGAUAACGAAAACGCAACUAUAACGCCUCCACCUAGCCCAGAGGAAAAAAGAAGGAAUAUUUUUGGAGUUGAAAUAUUGCCUGAAAUACCUGAGGAAAGUGAAGAUGAUGAUGAUGACGAAGAAGAACAUUACGUUAGUGAAAAGGAAGCCGGCAACAAAAAGAAAAGACUUAGUGUUGCUAUCAAAAGACUGAGUACUUUAGGUGACAACUUAGAUGAUUGUAUAAGCAAACAAAUUAGAAGAGAUUCUCACCAGAGCGAAAACGGCGAUAUCAAAGAAUAUUCUGAGGUAGAAGUGACAUACGAUAACAUUUCUCCCGUAACAGAUAUACAAAGGGAGAAGAUAUUUAAAUCGUUUAGUUUUCGUUGCCAAUCUGCGUAUGCCAGUAUGAGAAGAAGAAUGUGGAUGCCUUCUUACAGAGUUUACAGAAUACGAAGGCGAAUGUUAUACUUCCUGUAUAAUCUAAAUGACACAUUUGUUAAGCCUUUAACACGUUCUCUGUCAUGUUGGAAAUUCUAUCCAUCACUCAUCCUCGCAUUCGCCAAGCUCAGUUUAACAGGAAUAUGUUUAGUUUUACUACCAAUCAUAGGAACACAGAUGAAGCCCAAAAUAUCCGUAACAGAUAUUAACUUUUUAAUGUCGUUGUAUGGAUUCACGUGGAUAUGUUUUUUGCUUAGCACGCCGUGGCUGGCACAGACGCCAAAGAGAAACUUUAAAUAUGUUGCAUUACUUGGAGUUAUUGUAUCGACGGCAGCAUGCUUUCUGUUGGCAGAAGCGCACAAUCACGAUACAUUUUCCAUUGGCUGUGUUGUUGCUGGAUUCGGUUACGGUGCUAUUUCUUCUUGUUGGGAAACGGCAGUGCAAGAUUUUGUCGGUGCUAGAAAGUGGCCCAAAAUUCACAGUACUCUGGAAACUCUAUCAGCUACUAUGUUUGCUAUAUUCGUUCUCGGAAUAUGUUUUACGGUGAAAGGCAGCGAAGAUUUACAAUUCACAAUUUUUAUAUUAGCCAUUAUAUUGUCUGUAAUAUCUGUUGUUUGGUUAAUACUGUCUGCGAUUGCUAUAUAUACUACAAAAGUGAGAUCUAUGCGAUUAGGAAGACGACUAUGGACCUAAUUAUAACUCAGAAGACACGUGAAGUAAACAUGGGUAAAGUUGUGAUAGUAAGGAAUAAAUAUUGAUAAGAAUUUGUAAUAUAUUCUUAGUAAAUUAUUAUUUUAUAACAAAUUAUUUUAUUACUUUAU